AAUUUUUUUAAUAUAUAACAUUUUUUUUGCCUUCAAAUAAUUUGCAAUGCUAGGAUUUGAAGGAGAAGAUGGUGAAGAAGGAGGCUAUCCUUAUGGAGAAUAUGAAGGAGGUCGUGAUGAAAAUUUAGAUCGACAUGGUUGGGGUAGUGCUUUACUUCCAAACAAAGACAUUUACGAAGGUAAUUACUUCCAUGGAAUGCGCCAAGGUCAAGGUCUAUAUGUAUUCCGAAAUGGAGCAAGAUAUAACGGCGAAUGGCGUAAAGGAAAAAAAAGUGGCUUAGGUGAAUUUAUAUAUCCAGAUGGUACUCGUUAUUUUGGCGAUUGGAAAAAAGAUUUAAAACAUGGAUUUGGAGCUUAUUAUUAUAUUAAUGGUGAUACGUAUGAAGGUGCUUGGUAUAAAGGCAAACGUGAUGGCUUAGGUACAUAUACAUGGGCCAAAGAUGGUACAAAAUUUAUUGGCACUUGGAAGGCAGGUCGAAUGAUCGGUCCAGCUAAAGUUAUGCAUCCCAGGCAUGUAUAUCAUGGACCUUUUAAUUUGAAUUUACAAAAAGGAUUUGGUUGUUUUACAUUUGAUUUAAAAAUAAUGCAACAUGGCUAUUAUAUUAAUAUAAAAGAUCCAGCUUUUGAUUAUUUGGGCGGUAGUGAAGAAGAAGAACUACGUUAUGAAGAGGAAUGUUAUGGCGAAGAAGAGGAUGGUAUGGUGCCAUUGCCAAAAGGUUUAAUUCCAGUAUGGCGUGUGAAAUCAAUUACAGAAUAUAAACCAGAAUUAUUACCACCAGAACCUGUUCCUGUACCUGUAGAUGAAUCGGUUGAAUCUUUAAUAGAAGUUCCGGAAGUUGAACCACAAUUGGUAACUCCGCCUGGCUUUGAUGUUGAUUCAGGAGGCGAAGAAGGAGCUCAUCAUAUUUACGAUGAUCCAUUUGGUACUGCUAGAGGCUUGUUACCAGAAACCUUCUUUUGCCCUGAUGACGCUGCUGCCACCAUUAAAUAAAAGUGCUUUUUUUAAUAAUAUUUA